UUAAAACAAGCAUGGCGUCCAUCAGCAGACAAACGAAGAGCGUCUUCUUCUUCCUCCUCAUAACCGCCGCUCUCCCAGCAUGCACUGGGACCCCAGGAGGAGGAACGUUUGUGUCCCGACAUGAAGCCACUGGUUUCCUGCAGCGAACUCGAAGGGCCAACUCUUUCCUGGAGGAGCUGAGGAACGGAAACCUGGAGCGGGAAUGUUACGAGGAGAAAUGUUCCUACGAGGAGGCCAGAGAGAUCUUCCCGCAGGCGCAGCAGCUGGAAAACUUCUGGAGGACCUACACAGCGCCGAACCUCUGCCUGUCGUCUCCCUGUCAGAACGGGGCGACCUGCACCCGCCACCUCAACACCUUCACCUGUAAAUGUGCCGCCGGUUUCCACGGGUCCAAAUGUGACAAAGUCCGAACGACCUCAACCAGGUGUCGCUAUAGAAACGGCGGAUGCGAGCAUUUCUGCAGGGAGAAUCCGGAUCGCUCGCGGUUCUGUUUCUGCGCUCCGGGAUACGGUCUGGACCAGGACAACAGCACCUGUCUGCCCAAAGAUCCAGUCGUCUGUGGAAGACCGCUGGUCAAUUUUGCCCCCCGGGUUGUUAGAGGGCAGGCCUGCCCCAAAGGUCACUGUCCAUGGCAGGUUGCGUUGUACGAACACAACAGGUUCAGCUGCGGCGCCAUCAUCCUGUCAGACGUGUGGAUUCUAACCGCAGCGCACUGCGUCUGGCGCAAACCUUCUGCCAUCCUCCACAUCUACGUAGGCAAACAUGACCUGGAGAGACCAGAGAAGACGGAGCAGCGUCAGCGAGUGCUGAACAUCACCAUCCACCCGGACUACGACCCCCUGACCACCGACAGCGACCUGGCCCUGCUGAAGCUGCACCGCCCGGUCAAACUGGGCCUCCACGUCAUUCCCAUCUGCCUCCCGGCUCGGAACAGCACCUUCGCCUGGACGCUGUACAACGUCCGCCAGGCCACCGUGUCCGGAUGGGGCCGCCUGGUGGAGGCCGGCCCCAUCGCCCGCUACCUGCAGUGGCUGGUGCUGCCCAGGGUGCCGCUGCAGGAGUGCCGCCUCCACACCCAGCUCAACAUCACCAAGAACAUGUUCUGCGCGGGGCACCGGCGGGGCGGGCAGGACGCCUGCGAAGGCGACAGCGGCGGCCCGCUGGUGGCGAAGUACAGGAAGACCUGGUUCCUGUCGGGCGUGGUGAGCUGGGGGAAGGGCUGCGCCAAGGAGAACAUGUACGGCGUCUACGCCAAAGUCACCAACUUCCUGGACUGGAUCGAAACUGUGAUGGCUACCGUACCACUAGAGGGAGCUCCAGGGCUCCUGCUAGGAACCUCAGGUCCAACUGAACCAAAGAAGAGCGAUGGUAGCGUUCUGAUGAAAUCAACCAUGUUACUCAGGGUCUUCGUCAUCUUCGUCUUCAUCCUCCAGGACUCCCAGCCGGCUUCAGUCUUUCUGGAGCGACAGCAGGCUAACGGCGUCCUGGUCCGGACUCGCCGGUUCAACUCCGGCUGGUUUGAGGAGCUGAAAGUGGGAAAUCUGGAGAGGGAGUGUUUGGAGGAGAAAUGUAGCUUCGAGGAGGCCAGAGAAGUGUUUGAGCACGACGAGAUGACGAACGAGUUCUGGAAACGGUACUCCAUCCCUGACAGAUGUACGCCGGGUCCCUGUCAGAACGGAGGGACCUGCAUCAAUAACGAAGAGUCCUACACCUGCUUAUGUCUUCCUCAGUUCAUGGGACUCAACUGUGAGUUCGAGCAGCAGACGGAGUCGGACAGUUGUCUGCUGGAGAACGGAGGCUGUGAUCAUUUCUGCGAUGAAGACGCGUUUGGACGAAGGCUAGCAUGUUCAUGUGCUGAUGGUCACAAACUGGACACAGAUGGACGGAGCUGCAUCUCUAAAGCACCAAUAGCGUGCGGCACGGUCCCCGUCCUACAGAAAGUAACCAAAGACAUGCAUCUGCUGAGGAUUGUGGGGGGAACCGAAUGUCCGAAAGGUGAAUGCCCCUGGAUGGUUUUGCUGACGUACAAAGGCAAAGGUUUCUGUGGAGGAGUGAUUUACAAACCGACAUGGAUCCUCACAGCAUCUCACUGCCUGGAGAACACCAACCCACAGUUCCUGAAAGUGGUUGCAGGUGAACACGACAUCUUGGUCAACGAGUCCACUGAACAGGUCAUCCAAGUUGUAGAGAUCAUCAUGCACGAGAAUUACAUGACCAGUACCGUUGACAACGACAUCGGCCUCCUACGCUUAGCGUCUCCCAUAGUUUACUCGCCGUACGCGGUCCCGAUCUGCCUGCCGACUCGGCCGCUGGCUGAACGUGACCUCUGGGCGGUGGACCUGCACACGGUGAGCGGCUGGGGCAGGCGGGGCGAGAACGGGCCCACCUCCGACGUGCUCAGGCGUACCAAGGUGCCCCGCAUCCGGAAGCAGACCUGCAUGGAGCAGAGCGGCGUGCUGCUCACCGAGAACAUGUUCUGUGCCGGGUACUGGGACGGUCAGACGGACUCGUGUAAAGGCGACAGCGGCGGCCCAUUGGUGACGAAGUUCAAGAAGACGAACUUCCUGCUAGGGAUCGUCAGCUGGGGGAAGGGCUGCGCCCGACCAGGCAACUACGGCAUCUACACCCGAGUGUCCAACUACCUGGAGUGGAUCCAGAACCGAACAGCAACACCAGCGCAGAGUGGGAACACCACAGAAACUGUCCCUAGUUCUGCCACUGUACCUGUACAGUAACCUGAAUCAUUUAUCCAAACAGAUGGAGAGUAAACUGAAAAAGUGACUUCCUGUCUACAGGUGCCAUAUGCAAACUUAACUUAAAUUAACAGCAAUAAUAAAAUGGAGGUUGAAAUAUAUAUAAGGAAGCAAAAUAUUUAGCUCCUACGUAACCAGCAAGCCAAAUUUAAAAUAUUUAUUUUGUAAACUAAAUGUUUGCAUUUAGUUCUACAGUUAGCUUGCUAACUAUUUAACUAUCACAUUUUUUAGGUUGUAUCCAAAUAUUUAGUUAACAAAAUAUUUGUUUAUUCUAAUGUUCAGCUUGUUGAAAUAUUUAGCAUGCUACUAAAUAUUUAGUUUGCUAAUUGAAUAUUUAAGUUGCUAACUAAAUAUUUAGCUUGGUAAUAGAAGUAUUUAGCUUACUAUUUAAUUAGCAAGCUAGAUAUUUAGCUUGCUUUAUGUCAUUCAUUUGUUUAAAUGAGUUAAUAAAGAAAAUAUUCUAUAA